AUGGCCCGUGCGCGCAGGUCAGCUCGCUCUACGGGAGGCAAGACUAAAUAUACUACCGAUCCAUUUGAAAUCGCCGGCCUCAGCGGCGACUCAGAUACCGGAGAGGCAGGUGAGACGUCAGCAUUCAAAGUGCCAGACGAAGAUUCAGAGGAAGAGUUUCGACAUGCAUCGAAUGAUGAAGAUGCAGAAGAAGAGGAGGAGAACGAGGAGGUAGAGGCCGAAGAUGACGAUGAGCCCGAGUAUGCUGAAGGAGAAUCCAUGGACAUCGAUAGGCCUACUUCAACCCCAAGAGGCAGAGGGAGGAACAUUCAAAAGGCGAAAAAAGUGACGGCCGUAUCCCAGUCAGAUACUAGGAAGAAACAACCAGCUUGGACUAAACCGGACGAGACGCGUUCCCGGGGCAUUCUGAACACGUCCGAUCACGUUGGAAAGUCAGUUCACCUCCAGUUCACGUUUGGAACAGACGAGCGCGACUUGUUAGCUAUUUUGCAUGCGAGGGAGCGGUGGGCGAAAGGGAUCGACUCAGGAUUUCCCAGUCGUGCAUCGUUGAAUGCAGUCCAAACAGCACCAGCUUACACUUACGGACCGACAUAUGGGGCUGAUCCUAAAGAUGUGCAGAAGGAGAGCACUCGUGGCUGGGAUUGGUACUACGAUGGAGAUGUCGGGGAGAAGUUCAGGAAACGACAAUGGCUAGCUAGGAUCGAAGAAGAUGAAGGCCGUCGCUAUAUGCCCCGAUCCAAACCCGGAAAGCAUACUGUGCUCAUGGGUCCGGCUGAUGGGCAGAAGAAGUUUUCAUUGGGACAGUUUGAAUCGUACAAUUUUGGAGAUGCAUGGGAUUCUGCAGGAGGAAAAAAGAAGCGAGAAGGAUGGAUGUUGAACAUGGGCCAAAAGAUCCAAUGCAUGGCUUGGGCGCCGAAUCAGAAUGGGCUCGUCCAAUAUCUGGCCAUCGUCACAUUCAUCACCGAAGAACAAAAGAGUCAUUACCCUGAUCCGUUAGCAGAUAAAGCGGCACCGGCCUUUCGGCCUUCAGCACCAUAUCCGAGUGCAUUGCAUAUCUGGGCUUUCAAGGCCAAGCAAGACGACUCACUGACGAAAACGCUUGAUAUGGAAUUCAAGCCACGGUUACGGUUGGCUUUAUGCACCGACUGGGGGGACCUCCGGCGUAUAUCUUGGUGUCCGUUUCCUCGCACUACGCGAGCGGAAGACGAUGAAGAUGUCUUGAAGAAUGUUGGGCUUCUGGCAGGUGUAUGGGGAGACGGAUAUGUGAGGGUCCUUGAUAUCAAAACUAACAAAGACCCUAAUACUACGGAGUUCCACAAAGUCCUUUCUCCUGCCUUUAUAGUCAAACCACCCUCGACAAUGUGUACGUGUGUGGCGUGGCUCUCCCCAACUGAUAUCGCUGUUGGAUGCGCCAACGGGUUCGUUGCAGUUUGGAGCAUUCUGUCCUCGCAAGACUCAUCGUCAAACCACCCUCUUCCGUAUUUCUACCAACAAAUCCACUCGACAUACAUCCUCAACAUCUCCCCCGCCUAUCCCGCGCACCCACACGUCUUCGGCACCACCUCAAUGGACGGCGAGACCCGCCUAACAUCGCUCCUCGACCCCCAGAAAGACGUGACCGAAACAAACCGCAUGCGAAUGGGCUCGCCUCAUAUCACUUUCUCCCCCUUUCUCCAGUCCUUUGUUUCCAGCGACGAGAACGACUUUGCCAGGCUCAUCACACUCCGACGAUUCUUCGCGACUACCUCCAUCGCACGGCUCCCCAGCUCCGUGUCUGCUCUGGCGCCAUGCAGCCCCUGCCAUCCCAGUCUGCUCUUCGGGUGUUCGGGGGGAGCAGUAGUCGUGACAAAUCCGCUCAGGAGACUCAUGCAUUCCAAGCAAAAGCAGUGGCAGCAGACGUGGUUUGUGCAUGAUUGGGUCCAGGGUCCGGAGAAGGAGAGUUCGGGUGUUAGCCGCUUUCAGGAUGGGUUCCGCGCGGAAAGUGUGAGUCUUUUGCGGAGUAUGGCGGGGGAUUGGAAGAUGGUUAACGGGACUAUGGUUAUUACUAUAUAUGAGGAGGAGACUAAUGUCACUUCCGUGGCGUGGAAUCCUAAUCAGGUUUGUGCGGGAUGGGCGAGCGCUGGGAUGGGAUGUGGGCUGCUUCGGGUUGAGGAUGUUGCUUUGUCGUGA